AUGAGCUAAUAGAAAAACUUCAUAAUAACAGAUAAAGGGAUUACCUAUGUAAUAGAGAGUAUGCUCGGUAGUGGGACUGGAGGAUAGGUUUACAAAGCAUACAGAGAUGAAUAGAAUUAAGUUUAAGAAUAUGUGGCUCUAAAAAUUUAGGGUAAUUUAGAAUUUUAAGAACAUUAAACUUUAAAAACACUUAGCGAAUAUAAGUUGAAUCACAUCGUUAAUAUAUUGGACUUAGAUUCCUAUAAUAAUUAUAUUAUAAUCAUAAUGGAUUUAGCUACAGGAAUGAGAAAAUAUUUGAUAUAAAAGUAAUUCUACACUAUUUCCUUUAAGUAAAUAUAGAAUCAAUAAUUUAAGAUAGUUUAGGGGACAGAGGAAUUACAUAAUUUAUCUUUAAUUCAUAGAGAUUUGAAAUUAGAUAAUGUAGUUUACAUGGAAGUAAAUAACCAAAAGCAUCUAAAAUUAUGCGAUACUGGACUAAUGAGAGAGAAAAGUGGCAGAAAAACAAUUACAGUAGGAACACCAUAUUACAUGGCUCCUGAGUAAAUCAAUUAAAAUAUCUAUGAUGAGAAGGUCGAUAUUUGGUCAUUGGGUAUGAUACUGUACGAAAUGAUUGGCAAAAAAAAUAUGGUGGAUGGAAAUUCAAUACAAUCGAUAUUGCAAUCAAUCUUAAAUCUAAGGUAGGAUUAAAUCAAUUAACAGAUCGAUUAAUUAUUUAUUAGCAAUUUUGAAUAUUCACAGGAUAUUAAAUUGUUAUUAAAAUAGAUGAUAAAUGUAAGGAGUAGUGAAAGGCUUAAAGCAAGUGCGGUAGUAACGAAACUGAAACAAAUCUUGAAAAUUGAUGGGAUUCAGUCGAGUGGUAAUGGAUUAUAAUAGGCUUAAUUUCAGUAAUUUCAAUUUAAUACGUCUUUUUUUAAAGAACAAAUAAAAUAGGAGAUUUAAAAAGAAUUUGAAGAAUAGAAAAAUUAAGAGUUCUUAAAAUUAGAAGAAUAACAUCGAAAGGAUUUGUAGUAAAUUAAAGAGCAAUCUGAAGAGUAUAAUCAAAAAUAAAUGAGAGAUGAAAUUAAUAAAAUUCGAAAAUAAAUAGAGGAGGAAUAGAAAGUUAAAUUUGAAAAAGAACUAAAAUUCAAGGAAGAAUAAUUAUAAUAGGAAUAUCAAUUUUAGUUGACUUAGGUAAAUGAGAAGUAAAAGCAGGAACUUACAAAUAAAUACGAUGAUGAUUUGUUGAAUCAAAAAAAACAAAUGGAAUAAUAAUUUUAAUAAAAAGUUGAUGAGCAAAUAUCAAUAUAGCAGUAGCGUCUCUUAAAAGAAGCGGAAGAGAGGAUUAAAAAUGAAUAACAGGAUAAGGAGCAAUUUCUUAAAAUACAGCUUUAGGAAAAAUUGUCAAAACAUUAUUAGUAAGACUUUGAAUAGAAAGUAAAGGAUUUAACAAAAUUUUAAAAUAUGCUUAUUGUUACUCAAUAAAAUAUCUUGAAGAGUACAAAUCUCAUUGAAAAUUAAUUAAAGGAAUUAAAAUUAUAACUUUAACAAUAACAAAUACCAUCCCAAACAUAUUCUCAUUAUAAUUAAGACUUUUAAAAAUAAUUAGAAGAGAAGUUAUAGUAAUUGUAGUCAUUAAGUGAUGAACUUUCUCAAUUUCAUUUCAAUUUUUCUUUACAAAAAAAUUAAAACUAAAAUUAAAUUGAUUAAAAUCUUAAAAAGUUGACAGGAAUCGUAAAUUCUUAAUAACAAUUGUUAAAUCCUGUGAAUGUUGUUAGCUUUAUUCAGAAAUUAAAUCUAUAACUCACAAAUAUCGCUGAAGAAUAUACCAGGUUGUCCGUAGAACAUGAACAAUAACGAUUAACAGUCUUAUUAGAAUAAUCUAAAAAUUAUAUUGAUGAAAUCAAAAAAAUGAUUUCAGAGAAAUAGUUACAUUUAUAGUAAUUUAAUGAAGAUGCUGACUUGUUAAUUUAAAAAGAUAAACAAUAAUAAGAAUAAAUCCAAAGCAUAAAUCAAUAGUUUAAUUAGAUUAGUAUAGAAUUCAAAUUACUUCAUUCAAUGAUGGAUACUUCUAACGUAGAAUAAUCUCAAACUGAAAAGUUAAAUCAAUCUUUUUUAAAUAUAAAAGAUCAACUUACUAAAUUUGAAACACAUUUAGAAAAAGCCAAAGAAAAAGUCUCUUAAUAAAAAAUUAAAGAACUAUAGAUGAUUCUGAAUGAUUUAGAGAGACUCGUUUUGUAAAUCAACGAAUGGGAAGAAAAAAUAGAUUACAAUAAUAAUGAAUAAUAAAUGCAGAUCUCAAAUGAACAGAAAGAAGUACUUCAAUAGUUAACAUAGUAGUUAUAAAGUUUUAACCAAAUCAAGAUUAAAAUAUAAUUAUUAACAUAAUAAUUAAAAUCAAAUCAAAUUUAGUAUUCAAACAGGAUUUUUAUUACAAUCAAAACAGAAUUUGAAAUUUCUGCCUUUAAAAUAGAGUAGAUAUAUAAUAACUAUAUAAAUAUGUUAAAUAGAAUUUAAGCCUAAGAUUUAUAAUAAAAUUAAGUAAAAACGGAGCAAAAAAAGCUUAAUGAAAAAUUAAGAAAACACUAACAAAGUUUAUAGUUGAAUUAUGAUCAGUUAGUAGAUGAAUACAAAGUUAUAUAGGAUGUAUGUAAAAAUGAAGAAAAAUUAUAGCAUUUAUGGUUUGAAAUAUAAAGAUAAGAAAAGAUUCUUAAAAAUGGAUUUAAAGAGAGAACCACUUCAAUUUAUGUGGAGAUUGCUGAUUUUGAAAAGAAAAUCUUUCAGAACUUAGUAGAUGUUGAAUUAGCAGAAAGUCAAAUAUCCUUUAAAUUGGAGUUUAUAUCUAACCAUCUUAGAGAUGAAUUAUAGAAACUUAUUGUAAUUAAAUAACAAGCAACAGAAUAAAAAGAAGGCUAUUUAGCAUAAAAUUUUUAAUUUUUUUUAACAUCUUUAGAGGAAUUGAAUACAAUAUCGAAUAGCCUAUUACUAUCUCAAACAGAAUAGCAAUGCUAUGAUUGUAUAGACAAAUAGUAAUCCUUACUUAAAAAAUUAAUCAAAGAGUAUCAAUAAAAAUUAGCGGAAGAUGAAAUAAACGUUCAUUUAGGCUCGCUUAUGAAUAAUUCUAAAAAUAAAUUAACAAUUUUAUAAUAAAAUAUAUAGGAAUAAAUAACUCAGUUACAGAAGAAGGAAACAAUUUAUAAGGAAUUGAUUGAAGAUUAAAAAGAAAGGAUUUCUUCAAUUGAAAAAAAUUAAGUUAAUGAGUUCAAACAUGAUGAAAUUGUGGUAAGUGUUAGAAAUUACUUAGAUAAACUCAACAAAAUUACUUAAAAUAUUAGUUCUCUGUAACAAUAAAGUAUAAACUAAAACGAGUAAUACCUCAAAGCUAACAUAAAUGAGUUUAAUAAAUAAAUAUAAAUUUAUAGGGAAGAGAUCAAGGAAUUGCAAAAAUAGAAGUAAGAAAAUACUGUUUACUUUAAAAAACUUUAAUUUUACGAUAUAAAAAUUGAAAUAAUCAAAUCUUUUGAAUUUCUUUUUUAGUUAUUUUGCAUCCAUAAGAGGGAAAUGCGAUAAAGGUAGAAAUCUUAGAAUUUAAAGUCAAAGACAAAGCAAGAAGAUCUCAAAUAACAUAGAUUGAAAUUUGGAAUAUUAGAAACAUGCUUUAAAUAGUAUUUUUCAUAGAAUUCAUCUUAAGAUUAGCUUUUAGUUAAAUCUAUUAAAAAGUAUCUUAUCACAAAUGAUUCAUCUAAUUAAUAAUCAUAAUUAGAAAUAUCAUAUGAAAUGGAUCUUUUGAAGGAAUUGUAAGAGUUAAAUAAAUAAUUGGAAGAUAAGAGUUAAAAACUUAAAGACAAUGUAAAAACUCAAAAUUCCGUGAAGUUCAAAGGUAAAAUAUAAUUAUUAGCUGAAAAAUCUGAGAGGACUCUUAAUGAUGAAAAACGAUAAUUUUUCUUAAAUUUGCAGAAAGCAUUUGAAUAACCCCUCCCUAAAUUAAAAGAAAUAAAUUUAGAAGUAUUGAGAGAAAAGUUAAGACAUGGAAACAACUGA